GUUAUUUGGAUGUACUGCAUAAAGAGAAGAUAUUGGCUCUGUAAUUAUCAUAGUACUGAAACUCAGUGAGGAAAUACUGCAUAUAAGUGUUCCCAUUUUAUCAGGAUUGCACACUAGGAUAAUGGCACAAUCAGUAUCUACAAUCAUGGAAUCAUGUUUACUUAUCAAAUUAACAGCCUUGAUGGGCCAUUUUAUGUUAAAAUAACUAUCAAAAUCAAGAGGCUAGAAUUUCUAAACAAUAAUAGAAUGGAUUCUGAUUAAGGGAUUAAAAGAUUAUUACACUAAAUGUAAAUGAGGAGAUUUAAAGAUUAGAAUGACUUCCUUUUCAAGCAGAAGAAGCUUGGCUGGGUCUGUUGACCUUUUUAACAAAAGUCCAUUAAGACGGGGUUCUCUGAACAGAACUUCUAUAUCUCUAUUUACACGAUCCCUUAGUCUGAGGAACUCAUUAUUCAACACUAACACCCAAGAACCUGAGCCAUCAGUUGCAUCUGUACCAAGAAAUGAAAACUGGAACAGUGUUCAGGUGGCUGUGCUACAAUUAUUUCAGAAACAGAGGCUUACUGAUGGGGAAUUGGCCAAUCUUUAUAACAAUGUUAGAAAUCUGGUGAAUUCAAAAGUAGGACCAUAUGUAUAUGACUAUUAUAAGAAUGAAUUAUUGAAAAGAUCAUUAGCAGAUAUGAGAGACUUUGUUCAUGGAGAUGACAAAAAUGACAAUGAUACUGAAUUACUUGAAAGACUAGGUGAUUCUUGGGACUAUUUCUUUAGAGAAAUCCUUCCACUACUUCAGGCUAUUCUACAUCCGAUAGAGAUAAAGAAAUACUCAGUUCGUCAAGCCACUUUAUUAGAAUUUAGAGAUACGGUUCUUUUCAACUCAAAUUUAGAAGUGUAUCUGGAAUCUGAGGAACCAUUACUGAUAUCAUCUGCCUUGAAACAGAUGCUGCUGGUGCUACAGGCAAUACCAGAUGGGUCCCCACCAAGUGAAAAUUACAAGAGACUAGAAAGACUUACUGCAAAAUAUAUUGUGCCAUAUCUGGGACUUCAAGGUCUCUACAUUGGUAAAAUUGAUCCUGAAUUUCCAGCACUUGUUAAUGCUUACUAUGCUGCCAGUGAAGAUGAGGUAAACCUACAAAACCCCAGUUCUCAAAGUGAAUAUUCCAAAAGUACAAGCAAUCUACUACUGACACAUAUGAGGCAGAAUAGUCAGCCGAAUCCAGCUAAACAUAUGCUUAAACCAGUCAUUGAAAAUGAUAACAUUGAGCGGAGACACAGUAUAAGUACAGUUGAGGAAUGUGCAUCAAAAGAGAAGUUUACAAUGUAAUAUUCUUAGACAAAUGGUAUUUUUCAAAAAGCUGAUGAACACAUGUCAAGAAGUGACCAGAGAUGCUUCAUUUAAGUGAGAAAUGAUCACCAAAUAUCCACAUAGCAAACAUUGCAAACUGUAAUUGCACAUUUUGUAUCUUCAGAGAUAAUGGAGCACUGCCAUCUAUAUUUGACUGCUGCACAUGGUAGGAUUCUUAAUCUCUCUUUCAAAGAAAGAUAUUAGGAAUCCUCAAUUGUAUAUCAAACCUGAUCUAUAAUGACUGACUGACUUCAUACAGAACCCUUCAUUUGGGACUAUAAACACUUUCAAAAAUAUUUCUGCAAUAAAAGAUAAACAAAACAUUUAUUUUAUA